AUGGUAAUCAGCAUCGACGUGGGUAGGUAUACUGGGGUUGUUAUCCUCGCCUUCUCAACUUUGGCCGCAUUAAUUUUUUAAUACACUUUUUAGUUGCUUUAGGACUUUAUGAAGAUCGUGGGCUUGUUUUAUGUUACAUCCCGCUCCCAGUACGAUUUUUUGAUAUGCUCGUAUGCAACACCAGCUUGGCAUGCAUGUAUCAGUCCUAGUUGCAGGUUGGAACUGUGCAUUUGCAUUUUGUCUCAGAGCUGAGUGUCUAAAAUCCACUUAGACGAUCACCUAACGACUACCGAUUAGUGAUCGUGAAAUUUUAUCCACAAGGAUGGAGACAUAGUUUUGGAUAUUUCUGGCUUGGUUGCCAUUGUCAGCCAGCAGUGUCUUGACUCCCAAAUCCAGAUUCGUUUGUGCUCGCCCUCUGCCUAAGAACAAACAAGCUGUCUUUUGAUAGUUUGGUUGUAAAUUCAGACACUUGAUAUCCAAUUUACGUCUGACCUGCCGCAAGAAUUAGGAUUAGCAAACGUCCCUUCAGAUUACAAAGACCUAUUUUAGAUUGUCAAAAAUGCGUACAUUUUUUGUCUGCUCGGAUUUAUUGCUACAAUGUGAGCCCCCAUUACUUUUUCUCUCCUAAGUGUUGUCUCAGUCGGUCGUCCAAAUCAUGCAAUCACCAGAGAAGAGGACAGUCUACCUUGGCCAGCCGGCGACCCUCAAGUGUGUGAUCCUGAUUCCCAUGGCCUCAAGGAAUUUCUCCAUUAUUUUCAAACGUGGGGCCGACAUAAUCUCCGAAAAAUGUGAAGCCUACAAGAAGAACCUCUAUGAACUCGUUUGUGAACCGGAAAAUGGAUCUGAACGUCAGACCUACACCCUCAAGAUUAAGUCUGUGUCAUGGCAAGAUCGUGGUCGAUGGCUCUGUGCCUUCGGAGGACAUCCGUCAUGGCUUGAUCUCGACGUUUAUGGUUCGUGUGGAGUUUUUUUAUUGCGCCUAUUCUCUUGCCAUUCUUUUGCCGGUUUCAAGAUAUGUGAGCACCUUCUAUGGCAUGAUAAGCAAAUCAUGGCCCUCACAGUCUGGUGUGCGCUAGCACCUGGUUCUUUGCCGGUAGAUGCGCUUGCACUCCCGCUGGAUAUACAGGCCGUGAGCAUGGCUGCCCAGUUAUCCUCAACUUUCUGACUCGUUGUCGUGCUGUUGUUGGUUAAAAUCCUAUUCAUGUGUUUGUUUUGGACCAGGGGAUGUGAAAUGGUACACCUAAGUGUGGAUGCGGCCGUGCCGCCAAUCUGUGCCCUCUCCCGUCACCGGUCUUCUUGAAAAUUUCUUGACAUCGGACCAAGUUGGGGUAGGAGAGAGUGCGAUAGACGCUCUGCAGGUCUACUCUCACCAUAAACUAAUUCACGCACAAAUCACCAUUCCUGCUCCACCUUGUUGUGGAGCACACGGCGAACAUCUUCAGGUACGACGGCCAUUAUUGCAUGUGCCCUUUGUCGACUGGCUUGUAUGCAUGAAAGGAAACUGUGCGAGGACUUAAAUUGCAGGACACUAGAUGGAGCAGCCCUUGUUAAUUAUGACAUUAUCGUUUGUGCCAAUGAGGACGCAAGUUCCCUAAGCAUCUAACGUAUGGUUCCCAACUUAUUUACCAAGCUCGUGGACCUGCCAUCGCAUGGGACGGCUUUGACUGCUCACGCACAUUAUCGCCGUCUAUGUGUGCUUCCGUGCAAAUCUUCGAUAAAACUGCAGUGCGUACUCCAUCGUCGGAUCUCGCUCUCCUUUCGUCGUAACCAGCGAUGUCUACCGUGGGCUUCGGGGCAGGGUGGGGGGGGAGGGACAGUGACUUGUGCCUGGCUUGGUUUAAAGUGAUAGUAGACUUACGCUUCGGUUUUUAAAAAAGUUUCUAAUCAUGCGAUUUUUAAGACCCUUAAAUGCCCGUUCAUAAAACAUCGCGUCUCUGCAUUCACUAAUGUUGCUUGUUAAGUUUACAAUAUGGCUCAAAUCCACUGCCAAAUUUUAUGAACCCUGUAUGCUCUCCUCUUAGUAGUGUAUAAAGAUGCAUGAUUUCCCGUACAUGGAAAAUAUACAGUUUAUAGUUUGUGAGCCUUGUAACGGCAGGUCGAGUUCAGAAUUAUUCGGGGAUUGGAAAAGUUAAAACCGAAUUGUACCCUUCCUUCAAGUAUGAUAUUUAGAGAAGACAUAACUUUCUACCAAAUGAGUAAAAGAAUGAAUAUUUUAAUGCGUGCUUUCUAUGAUCUAUAUUCGAAGUUAUAAGGGUGUCGAAAAUCGAUGAGAAGAAUUCGUACUAUCUGAGUAGUAAUUUUUACAGAUCGUAGCAUUUGAAGGCGGCUGGAAAAAAUUCUGUUCGAAAGCCAGCAUCCUAACGCGACUGCGGUAUCUUGACAUCAUGCCAUAAAAUAAUUUAUAUGACCACCCUACUUAAGUAGUCUUUUCGAACUGAAAACGCAUUUCAGAAUUUGGGUUAGUGUUCCACGAGUAAGCACAUCUACUGUAGUCUCAUGGAACUAGCUGUCAUGCAGCGCAACCACAAAAUACUUCAGAAAUUUCAGGACGCCGGCUUUUGAACGAGCCCCUUUCCGGUCGCUUGCUAAAACUACGCUCUGAAAAAAAUGAUUACUAGUAUGGUGUGAAUUCUUCCUAUUGAUUUUUGAUGCCUUUAUAAAUUUAAAUAUAUUUGAUAGAAAACAUGCACAAAAAUUCCUCUGCUCAGCUGGUGGCAGAGUACGUCUUGUUCAAAUUGUACACUUGAGAAAGGACAUUUUUCGUUUUAAAAACGUUUUAACGGUGAGAUUUUUUAAGACCUUGAAUGUCUACCCCAAUAGGCAUCUUGUCCGUCUAUUUACUAAUGCUACUUGUAAAGUAUACAACAUGGUCCACAUCCACCAACAAUUUUGUAAUCCCUAUAAGAUCUCUUCUUGAUAUCAUAUAUAAAUUUGCAAUUUUCCUUACAGGACAGAUAUACAGCUUGUAGUUCGGGAACUCCGAAUGCAAGUGCAGCGACAGGUCGAGUUCAAAAUUAUUCAGGAAUUGAGUAGAAAGAUACCAUUUUUAGGUAUGACAUUCGAAGCAGAACUGAUUUGCUACCAGAAAAAGAAAUAUAUUCAAAUUUAUAAAGGCAUUGAAAAUCAAUAGGAGGGAUUUGCUCUAUAAAAGUAACCACUUUUUUGCAGAGAGCUGUUUUCGCAAGCGACCGGAAAUAGGCUCGUUCGAAAGCCAGAGUGCUGACUUGACUGAAAUAUGUUGUAAUUAUGCCGUGCGAUAGUUAGUCUUAUGAGCUUACUUAUGUAAUCUCUUUUACUUGAAGAUGCAUUUCAGAAUUUCCGUUGGCAUUUCGUGACAUACUCCACAUCCACUGUAUACUUCCGGAAAUACAGUUUUAGCCAACCCGCAUUCCACUUUAUCACCUUGGGCUGUCUCGAAGCGGUCUUCGAUUGCACUUUUGAAUGCCUCCAUCGUCUCAGUUUUGUUAAGUCAACGAAAGAACUUGUGGAAACGUUUAUGGUGAACUGUCCAUUGUUGUGACUGAAGAAGGCGACGAGGAAGAAACGCGUUGCCCGCUCAAGCGACACAGGUGGCUCUACGCUAGAUUCGAGGAUCUUUUGGCUUAAGAAGGUUGAAGCUAGGGUUCAGGUUAUGCUGGGGGGGUAGAAGGUUGGGACCAGGACUGACAUUAGAAUAGGGCAGUAGGUACCCUCUCUGGAAUUUAACGGAAGGCCACCUGUAAUACAGGGAGGAGGCACUUACUUUCAUUUCCAACCGAAUCAGGCUUCAUCCAUACCGCAUCACAUCGACUGGAAUGUCGAUAAGACCGCAUUACAAAGGAGCCGUUGCAACCCGGCUCAGUCCCGAAAACCAAUGUAGCCCUCUAGUUGACAACCUUUCCAACCACACGCAUUAACCAGAUACAUAUAAAAGACCAUGCAAAUACGGCCUUGCACGUGGCAGUGUAAUAUGUUAAAUUAUUGGCGUUUGGUUCAGUACUACUUAAGAACAAAAAGAGACGCCGAAUAGAACGUUGAGAAUAGCAUUACCGACAAAGACAAGGGAGACUGGAAUGGCCAUUUCUGUCUUAGUUGCCGUCGUCAGCCAGUCGUACCCAAUCCUGAAUUGUGGAAAUCCUGGGGCUCGAUCCCGCGCCCUGUUAGUUAGAAGUCCAACGCAUCUAACCACUGAGCCACGGGCUCGUCGUCCUGUUGGUUGCGAUCGGGAAUGUACAAUGGCUCAGUGGUUAGAGGCGUUGGACUUCUAACUGACAGGUUGCGGGAUCGAGCCCCAGAUGUUUCACAUUUCGUGGUCGGGUAUGACUGACUGACGACGGCUAAUAAGCCAGAAAUGACCAUUCCAGUCUCCCUUGUCUUUGUCGGUAAUUGCUUUCUGCCUAUAUCAUGCGCCGCUGUGCGGCUACUGGUUGACCUCGAGAGAGAGAGCCCGUAAGGCACAACGGGACGAGCGAGUUACGUAACAACGAUCGGUGAGCUCCCCUCUACCAUAAGGCGUCCAGUUAUGACGAUUUGAGGUUAAACUUUUCGGAACUUCCAACAAGGCGGUGCCAACGGUGCGACUGAGGAUUCCUUUCAUAGAAUGCUGUCUCCGAAUAAAGGUAGUGCGCCCUUGGGCAGUUCAUUAGCACGACCUGGCAGAAGCGCAGUCCUAACAUGGCCAGGAGGGCCAAUUCCCCUCCAAAUGUAUCCAAAAUAAGACAAUAGUGCCUUCGGAAUAGCGGCAUUCCUGUUGCUGAAUAGUGCUGCCAACAAUCACAAGUUUUUCUGAUUCUUCGAAAUGCGAAUUGCUUUUAGCCUGUUUAUGUCCUCAAUGAAAGCAAAUCCCACUGACCAAUCCAUGUCUUGUCACCUUUUUGAGCUAGGCCUUUGCGAAUUUUUUGGCAGGAAAUGUACACGUACUUUAUGGACAAUAUAUACAUAUAUGGGUUAGCAACCUCCUCUAAAGAUGCCCAUGGAUCUGAGAGUCGACUAAUAAUAUUGGAUGUGGUGUCAGCCGUCCAGCACUUCCUACCUUGUCUUACCACCGGCUCUCGCCAAUAUCUACAUGCUCGCAUAGUCGGACUCGUGACCUUCCUCCAGCAUGUGAGUGGCGACUUGAUGCAGUGGGUCACCUCCUCGUACACAGCCUCUCUGUGCCGAGUCCUAGUCCUGUCUGGCCUGUAUACUGGCAGAGACAGCCACCGUCACCACGCUGUAAGGCCACUGUGAGCUAGGCGACGUAGGCCCGGCCCGAAAAGCAGAUGCCUGAUGUAUAUAAACCGCACUAACUCCAUGUUGCGUCGUAGAGGCGGGGUGGGAAGGGGACAGACAUCUAAACUCUCUCUAUUGUGGUUUUGUUUCAUUCAGAACGAGCAAACUUGAUGACUGCCAUCUGGUAUGGAUAUUUAGAGUACAACUUGUUAGGCGUUCUUAUUUGCCUCUGUGAUUGAUUUUGGCAAGGCAUCUGUAUUUCGGAAUCACCUGGACGGACUGCAGCACCCAAAAGCCGAUAGGUGGGUAUUGCAACCAUAGCUUGUGGACGGGAGUCUUUAGUUAUAGCUCAUUCCUUAUGAUUUAUCGUUUUUUUACCAUGACACCACUCUUGAAAUCUGCUUGCCGCCUUCCCUUGCAGUGGGUUGACAUUGUUUUACUGUAGACAAAGGUGGAAUAUUGCCAUACGUCCAUUGCAUGAACGUUUUGACCCUGUAUAUCGCGCAUGCUACUUUGUUGAACCGUACGCGAUCACUGCUGACGAUUACUAGGUACUUUUCUUUGUCUGCACUUGCUUACCAAGUCUGAACGAAUUGGGGGUCACACCGACAGACAGCUAGUCUGUAUUCAUUAGUACGAGUGGCCAGACGUCGGCCUGUAUGGCCACAACACACGCAAUCAGUGCAUGGAGUGUGGUAGAUUACAGCAGAUGAGCUAACUCAUGAAAUGUUAACCUCAAUUCUGAAUUGCGUUUUCGACUCGAAAAGAUCACUUAACCAGGGUUACAAUAUUGAUCACGGUGCAGCAUACUCCCAUGAUAUUUCAGUUACUUUGGGAUGUCGGCUUUUGAACAAACUUCCUCCCGACCGCCUUCAGAAACUGUUCUCUGUAAAAAAAGAAAUAAUUACUUAAGUAGCGUAAAGUUCUCUCACUUUCGACGCCCUUAUAAAUUAAAAUAUACUUCAUGGAAGCAUACAUAAAAAUACUCGUUUUUCCAUUCAUUUGAUAGGAAGUAAUGCGUUCUUCAUGUUUUAUACUAGAAGGAAAGGCAGAAUUCGGUUUUAAAAAAGUUUCUAAUUACGAGAUUUUUUAAAACCGUGGAAUGCUCGUUCGUAAAACAUCAUGUCUCUGCAUUUACUAAUUUUGCUUGUACACUUUACAAUAUUGUUCAAAUCUACUGGUAAAUUUGAUGAACCACAUAUAAUCUCCUCGUAACACCGUAUAGAAAUGUAUGAUUUUCCGUACACGUAAAAUAUACAGCUUGUAGUGUCGGAAUCCCGAAUGUCACUGUAACGGCAGAUCGGGUUCCAAAUUAUUUGGGAAUUAGACAAUUUUUAUAGCCUAAUUAUACCGUUUCUUCAUGCAUAUUAUUUAAAGAAGACGCAAUUUUCUACCAAAUGAGUGAACGAAUGAAUUUUUUUAGGCAUUUUUCCUACGAAACAUAGUUGAAACUAUAAGGACAGCGAGAAUCAAUGAAAAGAAUUCAUACUACAUAAGCAGUCAUUUUUACAGAGUGUAGUUUUAACAGGCGGCUGGAAAGUUCAUUCAAAAGCCGGAAUCCUGUAGUAACUGAAUUAUCAUGGGAUUAUUCUGCACGAGGAUUAUUAUUGCAAUCCCACUUAAGUAAUCUUUUCGAGGCGAAAACGCAUUUCACAACUUCGGUUAGCAUUUCAUGAGUUAGCACAUCUACUGUACGUUUAUCUUUUCACCGUCUUUGUCAGAGGGUACGGCAACAACACUCUGAUUUUAAUCCUUGCGCUUCUUCGAUCAGUGGAGUUUUCUAAAUGUAAGGCAACGCUGACCUGUUAUCAGUGCAGGUCCAUUACCUCCCAUGUCGCCAUUCAUAUUUUUAUUCAGGAUUUCCCCUUGUGAAAACCGAAACGAAAAUAGUGGAUCCUUUUCGAAUAACGUAAGCAUGCUGUUUGACGGAUUUAAAACGCCGACCAUACUUUAUAGUAUGCGUAAAUAACUAGGUUUUGAUACUAGAGUAUUUUGCAGUUCUCAAUUCUGACUUACAAAAAGAUGUAAUUUCUUAAUGGGUGCUUACUAUGCUGGACUUCUAAAGGUACUUGACUGAAGGACAUGAACUACUUAGGUACUGAUUUCUUCGCGAGUGACAUCGAUUCAAACGUAGGAUGUAACUUUCAGUUAAAGACUACUAUGUAACGGUGUCUUAUACGACCUUGGAUCGUGUUAUUUGUCUCUGAGUAGUCUUUCCACAUGAAAACACACCAAGAGAUUCCGGUGAGUGCUUCAUGCCUUUCGUGCGUACUUCGUCCUACGGCUGGUUGGACGGCCCUAGUUGUUUCCUUUGCAGAAUCCUGAGAGAUUAAAGAUCUGCCUGUAUUGCAUGUAACGUGACAGACAUCUGACGUGAGCCAGAAGAGCAAAGUCCUCCGAAGCACUGUCUAGUAUAUUUGCCCUCAUCGCUCAUACCGCUAUGCCUCAAAUAUGUUAAUGGCGGUCUCGGACUAGGACUAAGAAAAUGUAUUUUGUCUUCCACUAUCGUCCAUCUGAUUUCCAGCGCCACCUAGUCACAAUCGAUGACGGUCUAGCACCCCAAACAACCCCUGAGAUGCAUCGAUACCUGACAUUACCUUUCGGUUACCUUAUAACGCGGGAGACAUCCGUGAACAGUUAAACUGACUGACACAAUUGAUAACGUGUUCUCGCCAAAAGAAACUCCUCGUUGCCUCCUAGGCAGGCACUCCACUGCCAAACUACCAACCCCAAGACUGAACCCUGGUCUCGGUUGCUGGGAUGUAGGAACGUUCCCUGUUUGGCGUACCGGCGUUCAGACAUUGCGUAUACUUCCUCACUUCUGUUCGGAUGUUCGCUUUUUGAUCGGAAGCCAGAUCCCAGACUCUGGUUCACAGGAUAUUGGACGUCAAUGCUUCCUUCUUUAGCUAAAAUUUUUGUUUACAAGAAUUCCACAGUGGGGGGACGGUGCACUGGUCGCAUUGUGUCAUCAACCGAACUAAGUACUGCUUGCAUGAGCAGUUCGACCGUUGUUGUCGACGAUGUCCAACGUGUGCUCCACAGCAAGGUGAGAGCAGGCACGGUGAGUUGCGCGUGAAUUAGUUUAUAGUGAGGGUAGACUUGCACAGCGCCUAUCGCACCCUCUCAUCCCCCAACUUGGUCCGAUGUCAAGACAUAUUCAAGAAGACUGGAGGGCGAAGAGGACACAGGUGACUGUAGCGGCCGAACUCGCACCUAGGCGUGUCACCACACCCCCUUGUCCACAACAAACACCUGAUCAGGAUUUUAACUAACAACGAAAAUGGGUCAGAAAGAGGAGAGGAUGACACAAGUCACUGGGAAACCAUGCACACGGUCUGUAUAUCCAGUGGGAGCGCAAGCGCAUCUAUCGGCAGGGAACCAGAUGCCAGAGAACUGCCAGCAUACACCAGGCUGCAAGGGUCAUGGCACAACAGACUCACACAAUCCUUAAGGCCCAAAAGGUGUUGAGACGCCGCCCCGCAUUUGGCCUGGGCCAUCACCUGUCAAAGGCCGGGCAACCAGUCAGUCAUCGACUGGCAGGCCCUACGCACAUAUCCUACUUUCAUGAAACCAGGCAAUGACCGACAAGAACUGAUUUCAUUGAAGGCGAAUGCUAUGAAAGUCUGUCGCAACCUUCCGUGUGAUGACGUAUGCUUACCCCCUUAUACGUGACUGAAGGAAACUCAGCCCGAGCCUAUUAGUUUUCUGGUGGAUUUUAUGCUGAGUUCUUAGGGAAUUCUGUUCAGACAGUCAGUUGGCUGUAUCAGAAUUGGUGAAAUCAAUGCGUUGUAGUAGACCUGGCGGGUAACUUGGGCGAAAUGUGACACUCAGGUGGGGUCUCGUAGCUCAGGUGGUUAGACCUUUGGCUGUACGCAGGCCUUGUUCCUGCUGUCAUUGCUUCGCAUCAUACCAAAGCCUCCGAGUCUGGGUGUGGUGGAUUAUUCGGUAACAAUCGGAAGAUAGCACCCAAAAAAAUCCGCCUAACCAAAGCAGCCCGUCUUACGGGACAGGUGGUAAUAGGGGUUUUAUGGGUGGUGGUUGGUCGGAAUGUACGAUACUAGCCGACGGAAAGCCUUAUUUGAACAGGUGAAUGAUCAAAGUUGGCCCACUCUCCGUUCCGUUAUUAGAAAGUGGGUCGCCAAAGGCAGUAUAGUGGUAACAGACGAUUGAAAGGCGUAUAAUCGUCUUCCCUCAGAAGGUUAUCUACAUUUCUCUGUUAACCACUCAAAGAACUUCAAGGACCCUACCACCGGACGGCACACCAAUGCCAUUGAGGCAUACUGGAGUAGACUAAAAAGGAAACUCCGCGAGGGAGGCCCUGUAUGUGGGCGAGCUGUGUGGGCUCACAUAGACGAAGUACAGUAUCGUCUUUGGUUUGGCCUCAAUGCCAUGUCUUUGACAGAUGCCUUGGAACUGUUCCUGUCCCGUGUUGUGCAGACUUAUCCUAUUUAAAAGUGAUUUUGUUUUGUAAUAAACUGCCAUAAUACGAAUGUAUGCCGUAUAUUCAGAUGUACGUGUGUAACAAUGGGGAAGGCUGGGUAACAGCGGCCAUCGUCCAUGUAACCUCCUGCGAUGUUCGUUCGGUCAGUCCAUGUUGGGCCGUCGCGGCAAGUCCAAGUAGUGCAUGAAAGUAAGCCUGCAACCGCUGAUAUAGCCUGAAGGCGUCUGAGUCCACUGUUAAAGGUAUUAUUUCUAGGUAACGGAUUUUUUUGGGUGCCAUCUCCCGAUUGUUACCGAUUAUUCAGACCGGUCGAAAAUACCAUUAAGUCCGCAUGCUUCUCAAACGAGGCAGUCCACAUGCUAUGACUGGAAAGAACGAUGUUUCAUGCUGUUGUCUCCAAAGGGUGAUCGCCAUCCAUGAUACAUAUAGGCGAAGUUUGUUACCAACAGCCGAAACAGUCUCUUCCGCAGCCCACCCCCUGGAACUCAGCGUCCGCAAUCCAAUUGUACACCCACACUAGAGGCGACUCAGAGGCUGUCACCUGCAGUCGGCGCAGACAGUUCUGGCGCUCGUUUUAUUCGGCCUUUUCCUGUUGGCACUUCUCACUGCCAGCCUACUGGAGACGGGCCAUAGCUGCGUAUUGACCACAGACAUCUUUUUUGCCAUCCCGCCGCGUGUUGUUUGUCUCAGCUUCAAUUUUUAUUUGUUAUGCCACGCCGUGAACCUUGACAUGUGCAUGCUGAGGAGUGGCCAGGCUCUGUUUGGUCAGAGUGAGCGACGACGAGAGACAUGUCAUCACUUGCCACACACGACACGCAUGCACACACACACACACACCUGCCCGCACACGCGCCUGUCCCUCCCCGGUUGUGUGUACGCGACGGCGGCAGCCCUCUGUGCUCAGCGCUGCACGCCACCACAAACGGCAGUCCUGGUGAGUCAGCGACCAUCUGUUUCUACGUCGCUGCCACUACCGCCUGCCCCUCUGUCCACUUUAUUUGCUCUGCUAGCCUGUCCUGGAUUAAAACCCACCACGGCAUCGGGGGUUCAGGUGACAGAUGUGACUGGGGAGAGCUGUCCUCCCUUCAGGGACUCCGACAGAUCGACCAUCCUAUGGCAUUAUCGCAGAGUCGGAUGGCGGCAUCGUGAGAUCACGAGCAUGAACCGCCAUUAAAAGGUUCCUUCUGCCACCUCCGUGGGGUUCGAGUUCACGACAGCCAGUGCAAGGCUUGUGUACAGGCGACACUCUGACCACCUGAGUUAUGAAAACCCGACCGGGAGCCGUGAGUUUAAUCACAUCGGAGUCAAGUUACCCACCCAACCUGCCGCAGCUCAUGAGAUACAUCUAUGCUGAUGCGGUAAGCUGACUGGUCUAAGCAGUCAGUCUAGACUCCACCUGGCUACUGGGUGUUUUUGUCAGAUUCGCCUGGUUUCUAUGGCCUAGUUACAAAAUAAACCUAUCGACCUGGGUGGGCUUCGAGCGUUGGAUGUAUUCAAACCCUAUCGAGUGUUUUACACUUGGUCAGAGGAAUUGCGCAAAUCUGCCAAAAAACGGUCAGAGGGUCAAUUCAUGCUACUGUGUGUCCACAAGAACUAAUAUGACUGAACCUCUAUCGGCGGACCGUGCCGUAAAUGUGUCAGAUGGCCAUCUUGGAAGGGAAAGAGAGCCGUGCAUCACAUACUGGAGUCCGAAAACAUUUACCGGCCGAGCUCGCAUGCUAUCUGCCCCUCCGAGAUGCACUUACCAGAUCAUAGCUUGGACAGCGUCAAGAUGCCAUACACCGAGAACUGCGGUAAUGUCACUGAGAACUUUGACUGACAUUGUCGUAGUCACUCGCGUUUAUUAAACCAAGCCUUCACCUCCGCACCAGAGAAUCGAUACCAUCGGGGAUUCUGCUGUUGGGCCUUUCGUUGUGCUGUUUUCAACCUCCCAUCUGCGCGUCAACGCUGAAUGCUGAUGACAUGCAGACGGAGGUUUUCCAUUCUGAACUCAAGACUACAGCCUGAUCUGCUCCGAUAAGUGAACUUCUUGUCGUUUUGAUGAGGGCGGGGUUGAGUAUGACUGGCUGAUGACGGCUAAUAAGCCGGAAAUGGCCAUUCCGGUCUCCCUUGUCUUUGUCGGCUCCACCUCAUAUAUAUAUAUAUAUAUAUCGGCGAAACACGUGUCUGGGCUUUUAGCAAGUAUCUAUGUCGGGAGUACGGUAUAAUACCUUUACCAUAUGGAAUUCAUACUACUCGUAGUACUACUUGUUUGUAGAAUGGACAUUACGUGGUUAUUCCACAGUAGUUGAUUGUCUUCGACUCAAGUGUUCAUUGAAAUUUCGGUUCUGACCCUAAAAAGUCAUGUCCCGGAGAUUUAACUCCAAGUUCUGCACUGAUUAAUUUCUGAAAUUAUUCACCUGAUUAUUCUCUGGAGUUCAUAUACCAGAAACCGCUAGAGAACGCUGGGUGUCCCACUGAAGAGCCGAACCCCUCGCAGCUGUGUCACGCAGCGGCAGAAUAUCGGCGAAACACGUGUCUGGGCUUUUAGCAAGUAUCUAUGUCGGGAGUACGGUAUAAUACCUUUACCAUAUAUAUGUCACCAAUUCGAAAAUUCACGAGUACAACUCGAUUUUUCCGAAGAACCUCUUCCUUUUUCAUAUAUUGAUAUAUUUAUAUAUAUAUUUAUAUAUAGGCAGAGUAGCAUUGUGGACAACGGUAAGAGAGGCUAGAAUGAUCAUUUCUGGUUUAUUAGCCGUGGUAGACCAGUUAUACCCAGCCCCCUGAGGCUCGAUAUCGCCACCUGUUGCUUGGAAGUCUAACGUUCUGACCAUUGAGCCACCCGUUCACUACCUGUCGGUUGCGAUCGAGUAUAUGCAAUGGAACGGGGGCGCACGCCGGUCACGUUACGAAACUCACCCGUCUCCUCCUGCCUCGUACAUACCCGAUCGCAACCGAUAGGACAACGAGACUGUGGCUCAGUGAUUAAGUCGUUGAACUUCUAACCAACAGGUCACGAGAUCGAACCUCCGGUGCUGAGCACGGGUAGCUGACAACGGCAAAUAAGCCAGAAAUAACCAUCUCAGUUUCCCCCGUCUUUUUGGAUGUUAGUCUGCCUAUAUUACACGCCGCUGUGCGGCUGCUGGCGCGCUUCUCGAGACACCCCUGAGACACAGCGAGACGAAUGAGUUCCGUGACGCGAUCGGUGAGCCUCCCUUCUAUCAUUAUAUAUAUGGCUUGGGUAUGGCUGGCUGACGACGGCUAAUAAGCCAGAAAUGGCCAUUCCAGUCUCCCUUGUCUUUGUCGGCAAUACCAUUCUGCCUAUCUAUCAUGCGCCGCUGUGCGGCUGCUGGUUGGGCUCGAGAGAGAGUCCAUAAGGCACAACGGAACGAGUGAGUUCCGUAUGAACGAUCGGUGAGCGCCCCCUAACAUUAUAUAUAUAUAAUGGUCAGGGUUAGGAUUGGCUGAAUGAAGGUAAAAUAAGCCCUAAACAGUACUGUAUCAAUCUACCCGUAUUCUCUGUCGUCCCUCCUUGCUGCUAUUAUGAAUUUGUCGACUUCGGCCUGGUAAUUGGUUGCCUGUUCGUGACCUUUGUCACCCAUACGGAGCUUGUUUGCUUCGUGAAGCCAAUAGAUCGGUGUGCGCCAAUUCCUGAUUGAAUAUAUAUAUAUGCAGAAUGAUAUUACCGACAAAGACAAGGGAGACUAGAAUGGUCAUUUCUGGCUUAUUAGCCGUCGUCAGUCAGUCAUACCCAACCCCGUAGUGUGGCACACCCGAGGUUCGAACUCGCGAUCUGUUUGUUAGAAGUCCACGACUCUAAUCACUGAGCAACGAGCUCGUUGCCCUGUCAUAUAUUUAUACAUAUAUGACAGGUAGGAUGAUAGAGUCUGAACCGACAAAGGACAAGGGAUACUGGAAUAGCCAUUUCUGGCUUAUUAUCCGUAAUGAUUUAGUCAUAUCCAAACCCAAGUGUGAAACACUUGUAAUUCUCACCUGGAGUCUUUGGGCAUUGGAUUGAAAGCUCUACCAUCGAGUCACGGGAGUACUAAUUGUGAUAGAGGGGCGUUAACCGACCAGGUUACGGCAUAUGCUCGUCUUUCUAUAUCUGGGAGCUCAAUCUAGAGACCUCGGAAAUUACUGAGGGCAGAAUCUGGAUUUAAGUCUUUGAAGUAUGACUUUUUAAGUCAAAUCUGUGCCAGAAACCAGCCUAGAGAGCCCUGGGGACCCACUGAUGGGCCAAGCCCCUCACGCUUGCAUUAUGCGGCAGCGGAAACACCAACGAAACGCGAGUCGGGAGUAAAGUGAAACCAUCUUCAUGCGUGUUACCUGAAUAUUUUGGAUUCCUUAAGCUCCCAAAACUGAAGCUACAGUAGGUGGGCUAACUCAUGAAAUGUCAACCAAAAUUCCCCAAUGUGUUUUCGUUUCGAAAAUAUUAGUUCAGUAGAGUUGUAAAACUGAUCAUCAUGCAGCAUAAAUCUAUAAUAAAUCAGUUACCUCAGGAUGCCGGCUGUGGAAUGAACUUCUUAUCGGCUUCAUGCAUAAAUUAAACUCUGUGAAAAAUGACUACUCAAGUAGCAUGCAUUUUACUCAUUGAUUUUUGAUGCCCUUAAAAAUUCAAUUAUAAGUCAUGGAACACAUGCAUAAAAAUGUUUAUUUUCUUGAGGUCAUCGUGUAAAUCUAUACUUGAAGGAAGGGUAUAAUUAGGUUUUCAAAAACGUUUCCAGUUCCUGAAUAAUUUUAAACACGACCUGCCGUUACACUUGCAUUCAGGGUUCCCAAACUACAAGCCGUAUAUUUUCUGCAUAUGGAAAAACAUACAUUUGUCUACGAUAUUAAGGGGUUCAUAAAAUUUAGCAGUGGAUUUGAGCCAUAUUGUAAACUUUAAAAGCAAACUUAGUAGAUGUAAAGACACGGUGUUUUACGAACGGACAUUUCACGGUAUUGAAAAAUCUCACAAAAUAUACUCUACCUUCGAGUAUAAAAUUGGAAGAAGACGUCAUUUUCUACCGAAUGAGUGAAACAGUGGAUAUUUUUAUGCAUGUCUUCCAUGAAUUAUAAUUGGAUUUUUAAGGACAUCGAAAAUCAAUGGGAGUAAUGCAUGCUAAUUAUGUAGUCAUUUUUCGCUGAGUUUAGUUUUUGCAUGCAGCCGGAAGGAAGUUCAUUCGACAGCCGGCAUCCUUAGGUAACUGAUAUAUUAUGGACUUAUGUUGCAUUAUAAUCAGUUUUACAACUCUGCUUAAUUAAUCUUUUCGAACCGAAAACGCAUUUGAGAAUUUCGGUUGACAUUUAAUGAGUUAACCCACCUACUAUUUACGAAGCUCCGUUUAGUCGGAUUGAAAAAUCUCCAUGUUUCAGUCUUUCUGCUCUAGUUGUGCCGUUCUUUUACGACUACCUCCCAAAACAAAGCGGCUUUCCCUUGCUACCGUCAAAGUGUAACGACUGGACGACUGCGUAAUCCUCAAGAAGCAUUCUGUUAAAACUCUCAGUCUGCGGUGGCUUCCACCACUCACGGAUAUUUGUUUUCACUAUCCAAUCGCGCUUCUAGCACCACCUGAAAUGCUGCCGAUCUCUGUCUACGGCACUAAGAUCCUGUCCUCUUCGCAAUCCUCCUCCUCCUCAUCGUCCGGCACUGCCUCCGGCCGGGAUGCGGCAUUGGCUGGCCGACCCUCCGACCCGCUUGCCUCCUCUUCUCAGUCCUUGGCACCCGUGCUACGAGACGGGGAAAUCCCACUGACGUACGGUCUCGGUACGCGGACAAAUCCCUACGAUCUUCGCUCCGGUUUGCAGCUACACCUCACCUGCCGCACGGGCUGCGGUUAUCCCAGGGCCGACCUAACUUGGACCGCAGCCAAUAGGGUAGGCAGUAUUUACGAUCGAAAUGUUUUGGCCUCCGAGUACUUAUAUACUUCAACCCUUGUUAACACUUUCUCCUUGGCUCUGAUCGAAAAGCAUGCUGUUUGUCCGUUGGAUGUGGACCUCGUCCUAGCAACCUGAAACAGUUUAUGCCUAUAUUGCACGAUACACCACAGUUGACACCAUGGGUACUAGCUGAAAGCCCAAACAUGCCUGUUUCGUUGACAUCCUGCCGCUGCAGGACACAGCUUCGAGGAGUUCGGCUCAUCAGUGGGGUCCCCAGCGUUCCCUGUGGGAUUUCUGGUAGAUACUACCAUUUUGAAAUUGCAGCUUUGCGAUUUGUUAUUUGCUAACUUGUAGCAAACCAGUCUACUUUAAGUUAGCAACUAAUUUCUGGGGGAAUUAAAAACCCGCAAUUUCCAAACUUAAGUAUCUACUAGAAAGCACACGGAGAGCGAUAGGGGACCCACUGAUGAGUCGAACUCCCUGCAGCUGUGUCUUGCGUCGACAGAAUAUCGGCGAAACACGUGUCGUGGCUUUUAGCUUGCACCCGCGCUGUCAAGCGUGGCGUAUGCAUAUACUACUGGCUGCCUUUUGGUAGUUUAUGAAUAUCACGCAGUUGUUCCACCGUGGUUGAUGAACUCCGGCCCAAACAUUCAUACCAAAUUUUAGUCUCAAACAGACUGAUUUACUCCAAGAGUUAGCGACCAGUUUCUGAGAAAAUUAAAAAGCUGUAGUGAAGCAGUUUGUAAAGUUGCUCUCAGAAAGCGUUAGGGACAAAUUUUUUGGAAAGAUGAUUAACCAUUGGUGGAUCCAAAAUGCGGUCUGACAGGAUUCUCGAGCACGGCAUUCGUUCAUUAUGAUGGGCGUGUUGUCGGCUCAAUGUAGCCGUAUUUCCAGAGGCUUUUUAGGAGGCAAUUCUUAAAAACGAUUGUCAGCAAUGAGGCUGUCAGUCUGUCUGGCGCUUCUCGGACAGAACGAAAUGCUCGCAUUUAGUUCUGCAAUUUUGUCAGACAAAUGCACGAACGCCUGGUUGGCAGUCGGUUAGAUUUACUGUCUCAAAGCGCUGUAAGCGUUAUAGCCCUUUGCCAAACUGCUUUCGCGCCGAAUAAUCACCUCUCUAGCACCCGUUUAUUUCACAGUUUUGUGUUUGUGUUUCAUUUUCUGUCUGAGUGUUUCAGAAGAUUGGUUUUCAUCUGGAGAUGGAGAAGGUACCCUAGAAGACCUAAGUUUUAAAGACAGUACUACGAAACUUUCUUUGCGAUACAAGCGAGGAUGCGAGUUCCAGAAACUAGUUGAUCAGAAGAAGAAGAAGAAGAAGAGGAGGAAGAAGAAAAAAAAAGCGAUCACUGGAACAAGGAUUUUAUUCGCUUGACGUCUCGGAUUCUCACUUGAACCCAACAUCAGAGACAGUGGCAGAAAAGGGGUUCAAGUGGGAAUCCGAAACGUCAGGCGAAUAAAACCCUUGUUCCAGCGAUCGCUUUUUCUUCUGAGAAACUUUCUUUGCUCGUCUGGACGCGACUGUCAGCUCUGCGGGAAAUGCAACAGCCGACUAAAACCAAAGCAGGUCUAGCUCUCAAGCCGACUUAUUCUAACCAGUGUACAGUAAAAUGAUGACUACAGUUCUAGAUUCCCCCAGCGAGACAACAUCAUCACCAUGCAGCAAUUCUUUUCCGCUAUUCAUUUUACGUGGUCGGUUACGCUGUAAGAUGGGCGCUGAAAGUAAGGUGCGUCAACGAGGGAUGUUGUAAUCGUUAGUGGGGAGGGUAGCCGAGGCUGAAACGGGAAAGGCAACCUGAUGUAUGACAAAUCGACCGCGAGAUUGAAGGAAGCCUAGAAUGUCCGCUAAACGCCUGGGUGGCAAGACACGCGGGCCAGCAAUAUCCCAAACCUGACGGCAAAUCUAACCGUAACCUCGAAAGUAAACCUAAUCAUUAACGUAGGUAUAAACCUAACGCUAACCCUAAACUUGAUGCUAAACCUACAAUAGACCCUAAGCCUAACCUUGGCCCUGACCUCAAACCUAGCCGUAACCCAAACCCCAACCUUAACCGUAGCCCUACCCUAACACUGAUCCUAACCCCAACCUUAACAUUAAACGUAAACCUAAGCUGCAAUUCAAACCCUAACUCUAGCCGGAGCCCUUAAACUUAACACAAACUCUAACCCUAUGCUCAAUUUUCAGCCUGACACAAACCCAGACCCUAAAACCAACCCUACCUCUAAACCGAAACAUCAGGUUGCCCUUUUCCGUUCUAGCUUUGGCUACUCCCCCACUAACCAUUUUGGCAUCCUCCUUCGGCUUACUUUUCUUUGAAUGCCCAUAUUGCUCUUACACUUGGGACCAGGACAGCGUGACCGAUGCCUACCGGAAUUUGUUUUAAGCGUGGAUUAGUUGGUCUAUUUGACUCGCUCUUAACUGUGUCUGAACUACAUUGUUGAGGUCAUGUGUACACUGCGCUAGCGCCAUUCCGAAGGAGAUUUAAUAUGGCAUACAUUUCGCACAGAAUUCACCCACGAUUAUCAAUGAUGCCGACAGUGGCAUUUUGCAGCUGAUAUGUCACACUUGUAGUCCUUCGAUGCUAUUUACCUCACGUAACCGUAUUUUUCCGCGGUUGAUAAAAGGCGUUUUGCCAAAAAAAUUGGAACACAUUUCCAAAAUCAAGCGUAGUCUCACGCCCUCCCUCUCUCUCUCGGUCUCUCACCCGCCCAAAAUCUUUGUUCACGCUGGUGGUUUUAAGACCUUGUGUUUUCCUUACACCCACCAUGCGCUCCUUUUCUGAUCGUGCCAAUGAGGCUGGGACUUCCUUCGGCCCAUCAUCAUCAUCCUGUUACCAAACACGGACACUCGAUUGGUGCGUGAGCGAGAGAGAAAAGUGAAAAUGAGACCGACGCCGGGGAAUCCAUCCCCAUGGCACACCAGGACUUGAGUCUACAACGAUGCGCUCUAAGUCGUGACUGGUAGGGUUGCCAACCAACAGGUCAGGCUCUAGUGACUUGUUCUUAAUGUGCGCUCGCACACAUGUAAAAUGCGUGCCGUCCUUACGGUAGCCUGAUGCAUGCAAUGGAAAUCGGAUCGUGCGCGGUACGCGUAGAGGAACUACUUAGUCCUAUCAGCCAUCGCGCCGGGGGUUCACCCCCAGUAGUCUUGACCUUGUCUACCCAGUUGAGCAAAGUGGCUGAGGGAGGAGAGAGUGCGAUAGAUGCGGUGCAAUUCCAUGUCACUGCAAGCUAAUUCGCGCGCGCGAGUCACCAUUGCUGGCCUACUCUGUAUGACACACACUGGGCUUUAGGGUUACGUCUGCCUCUACCCUAAACCUAACCUGUCUCCAUCCUCUACUGCGCAACUGGAUUUACAAUUUCCCAGAGAAUUUUUAAGGGAGCUUCUAGCCUAAUGCCAGCUUGAACGAAUAAGUCAGGACGGAGGGGGAUUACCUGCAAUGGUCUCCACCAUUUAGUGGCUAAAUUUCACUCCGACGUCAGUUUUACCUCCCCUCCCCAUUCGUUCCGUUUCCAGUGGGAUGCUGACCAGACGCGAUCGUGGGGUGGUUAACGGACUCUGUCAAGUGCGCUACGCAGGUUGGCAUCCGCCGCUACUCUUCAAACCAUUUUGUUUUCUCUCUCUCUCCCCCUCCGCUAGUUACUGUUUCCUAUCUCGCAUUCAACUCUUGCCCCCCCCCCCUCCUAUGUAGACUGACACCCAGACGAAAAAACUGCCCGCCGACUCGAUAGUCGAUGCUGCACCCUGUUACGGUUCCGAUGCCACGAAAAACAUGACGACAACCAGAUCGGAGCUGGUCGUGCAUUGUGCAUCGCCCCCAUUGGUUGGUCUCAAUAGACUCGAAUGCACAGCCACCGGAGACUAUGAUGUCGCGGGUCUAACCAAACACGUUUUCGUUCUCUGUCCUGGUGCGUUAUCCCUAUUAUUUAACUAUCUUUUAAAUGUUCGUAUGCUUCCUCCUGUUUGUAACCACAACUAAUCUUCGCCAUCAGUCGGGAACCGAAGAGAAGUAAGUCUUUGCUUCGAAGAGCAAUUCGUCCCCCCCCCCUAGGCACCAGCUGUGUUCCUCGUUUUAAUACCGCUGAAUCUGACACAGCGUCAUUGCGGCUGAAGCUUCCAUUCGCCAUGGUGGUAUUGGCGAUGCCCGACUGACUACCUUCGGAUUAGCAGUCUUUCAGACUAUAGUUAAUGCGAAUAUAAAUGAAACUCAUGCGUGUCCCUACUUUUUCUCCUUCAGUACUAUCAGUAAGACAGUUUUGACAGUGCCUCUUCAGUUGACCGCAUAUCCUGAUCCCGAGAAAGGAAAUAAGUCGUCGCAAUUUAAAGGGUCCUCUGUAUUUGUGGUGAUGUGUGAUGCAAGGGGUGCAGGGACGAAGAAUGCUCUGGGAAGGUGGACGAACAAUACAGCAUUCGGAAGAAGGUGUGAGCAUGUGUGGGCUGAUAAAAAGACCGGAAAAUGAGAACCUUGAAAGAACCGAAAAUAAUAUGGUCUGAAGACGUUUGCUGAGUCUUUCGCUAAUUGGUGAACAGUAAAACAUUCAGUCAGGAACGGUAACUGUAAUUUGGCGGCCCCUCUUGUGACCGGGUUAGUCCUUAUAGACAUCCCCUAUCGAUGUCUUAUUUACUUACUUGUACUUGGUACGGCUGCGAUCGUGCCUGAUCCAGCGGACCUCGAUGGUGUCCCGAACUGUAUCCCUCUCCAUAUGUGACGAUCUACGGUAGCAUAUCUGGCCAGUUCCACCCAUUUUCUUCGCCAACGAUGGAGACUGAAUACGGAUGGUCCGAGAACUACCGCCAUGUCUUGACGAACUGUCUCAAGCCAGGUUUCGAGUUGACCCACUCUUCGGCGCCUCCAAUGGGGUCAUGGUGUCGGAUCGAGGGCACUGAUCUCCUGAGGUGCCGAAACCACCUCAAUCGCCUUUCUUGGAUGGCGAUGGGUUAUCCUUUCGAUGUCGCAGCAGGUGCAGACUGUCUCAUUUGAGACGAAGUCGGUGUACGUCCCUAGAAGGAUGGUCCUCAAACAGUGGUGGUCAAAUACCUCCAUUUUUCGCUCGUCCUCCUCACGUACAGUCCAAUGCUCAGAACCAUAGAGAAGGAUGGACCGAAUAUAUCCACGGUACACGGGAAUAUUAAGUGGCGAUGGAGGCGUCGCGUCAGAUCCAUGGGCAUUUUCUAAGACGUGAGAAAACCCAUCGGUGAUCGGCCAUCGGUGAUCCCGACCACCGUGGGCGUAGGCAGCUUCACUGGCCUGUUGACCGAGCGGUUAGUUGACAUCCCGGCAUCGACAUGUGAUCGUCACCUUGACUCCCAAUCUCGAAAAGUCAAACUUGAGGACAUAUCUUGUCUGCGCAUCAUCAGCUCCCACCUCCAACCUGGGGGUCUGGUUUCAGACCCAACCAGCCAGUCUUUGUGCUUCCGCGUCCCCUGUCAAUCGAUGAAUGGAGCCCCAUGUAUGACUUAGCAUUAAUGCUGAGACCUCUAGAGGCCAAUCGACAAAGCGUCCUUUGCUGAUUGGCUGCGGACUGACAAGGCCCAUUUGCACGUACUGGGACUGACAGUUGCCUGAUGAGACGACUUGCUUCACCUGCAUGCUAAUUCGCUUGUACGCUCCCUAACCUCAGUAAAGUAUGUCCUAUGACUCUGCCUGUUCCAACUUUUGAUUUGGGAAUCUCCGAGUUGUCGAGUCAUUCCACUUCGAUAUGGUCACCAGUUGGCUGUCGGUUUUAUGUCUGCUGGUAACAUCUGGGGGGGGGGGGGGGGGGGGGGGGGGAGAAGUAGACCUUCCACUAUUGUGACUUGUAGAUCGGCGAUGAUGGAAUUUCUAUGUCGUGUACAGCCGCCAGUCUUCUCCUGAUCAACGAUGCCGAACAUGUCGUUAGAGUAGCAUGCCCAAAAGUAAGGCUUAAAUGCCGCGAAAAGUCGUCCUUCGAGAUUUUAGAGGACCAUCUCACCAACUAACCCAGAGAGUCGUAAAUCAGCCUGACGCCCGUUUUGGUUCAGCGCAUCUUCAGUACAGUCCUUUGCGAGGCCGAUAUAUAGUAGUAUCAAGUCAGUAUGCAGUCUUAUUUAUAUCAUUACAUUUACUUUUUCAAACUCGUCUUAUUAUUUAUCGUAGCCCUGUGGAGUGAAAUUCGUGCAAGAUCAUGUUCCUGUGGGUCUUCAAAAGUCGCUCCCGUCCCUUUUUUCGGGUUUGUCUCCUCUGGGUUCUUGUUGUUUUGGCGCUCAACUUCGAGGCAGUCGUUAACUGAGAACUCACUUAAUGGUAGAGGGACGCUCACCGAUCAUUUCUACGAAACUCACUCGUUCCUUUGUGCCUUACGGGCUCUCUCACGAGCCCAACCAACAGCAGCACAGCGGUGCAUGAUAUAGGCCGAACGUUAUUACCGACAAAGAAAAUGGAGACUGGAGUGGUCAUUUCUGGCUAAUUAGCCAUCGUCAGUCAGUCAUACCCAACCCCGAAGUGUGGAACAGCUGGGGCUCGAUCCCGCGACCCGUUAGUUAGAAAUCCAAUGCCUCUAACCACUGAGCCAGGGGUUCGUUGUCCUGUAGGUUUCGAUCGGGAAUUUACAGUGUUAGAGGAGCUCUCACCGAUGACACCUGGGGUUCACUAUGUCCUAGUGCCCUUAGUGCACUUUGGGCCGGAACCCACCUCUUUGCGCUCUAAUGACACAACCACCGUUCGGGCGUCAACAACUGCUCAUUCGUUAACCUCAGGACUCUGUUUACCCCGCAGUUAACCUUCACUGAAGGUCGUUCAACUAUUUUCAACCAGUUGAUACGUUGGCUAACCAUGAACUAGGCUAAGCGUUGGUCGCUUACUGGUAAAGUCGCUUAACCUCUCGCCCUACUGCGGUUUAACGCCUCACCGCCUUCUUGAGUAACUUCCGUGGGUUAACAAUUUCGUCGUCCACCUAACAUUUCCGGUGGCAAAAUCAGAACAGCGGUUUUAAAAGGGUAUUGGACUGUGGACGCUACGCCCACCGUUUAAACCGCAUGGGGACUCUCUGAUGUCUAGUAUGAUCAACACCGCCAUGCUGGACAAUCCAACAGGAGUGAGUGCAGUAAUACGCCAAAAUUUUAUGCUUGCUGGUGUAUCGGGAGUUUAUUCUACAAACGUUCCCAUUUCCUAUAUUGCUGUACCGGCAUUUAUCACAUACAACCAAACACAAGGACAUCUGAACAUCUCUAGUAAACCAAAUACGAAAUUUGGGCUGUUUGCAUACCGCUUUGUGAAUGGGGAGCACACCAGUUCUCCUGCUUGAUGUCAGUUACAGUACUACAACCCCACCUAAGGUGUACUUAGGUUGGGUUGUAGUACUGAUUAUCAUGUGGCAUAAUCCUAUAAUAGUUUGGAUUCGUUUCGACCUUCCGUAGAAACCGCGCUCGGUAAAAGUGGAUACUUAAGUCGCAUUUAUUUUUGACAUUGAUUUUCAAUGGUCUUAUACAUUAAGAUAUAUUUUAGAGAAACCGUGCACAACAAUAUGCUUUCUCUUACUCCUUUUGUAGAAAAUCACGUUGGUUUGGUUUUAAAAAAAGUUUUCCAGUUUUUCGAACAUGUGUGAGCCUGAUCAGCCGUCGAAUUAACGCUUUCCGCGUAAGAGUCAUAUAUUCCUCUAGGCCUAUAAGAGGAUAUCAUACAGAGUUCAUAAAAUUUUGCAAUGAGGACUACGUUUUAAAUUUCAUGAGGAGCAUUGGUAAACGUGUGGGCACGAUGCUGUAUGAAUAGACAUCACAGAAAGUUAAAAACACUCAGAAUUAUAGCCUUUUUCAAAGCCGAAAUAUAUCCUUUCAUUGGGUGUAAAAUGUGAAGAAAACGUGAUUUUCCACCAAAGGAGUAAGAUAAGGUUUAUUUUUGUGCACGUUUUCUAAAAAAUAUAUUUAAAUUUAUUAGACAAUCGAAAGUCAGUGAGAAAAAUGUACGCUACUUAAGUAGUCAUUUUCUACCGAGUACGGUUUCUAUAGGUCAAGGAAGUGCAUCCAAAAGCCGACAUCGUGGCCCGUUCUGAAUGUUAUAGGACUAUGUCGCACGAUAAACAGUAUUACAACCCACUUAAAUAAUCCUUCCUAAUCGAAAACGCAUUUCAGAAUUCAGGUUAUCAUUACACGAGCUCGCUCACUGCGUGUAAAUACUUCUUUCCAGUUGAAAACUUACCGAACACAUAUCACUCAAUAAUUCAUGAGUGGAACACUUCAUGCAUUGCGAUCCAUACCAAGUAACAAUGAGGGGGGGGGGAUCUCGGACCUUGCACAGGCGAAGGUUGCCAUAGAUAUCAACUUUAAGGGGGAGCUAUUUCAACCUGAUCGUCAGCCUUGAGCCGGACCGAGUUAGCGCCGCAACUGCCAAACUUCUCAGACGCGACUGAAAACGCGCCUUGUCAGACCUCUCCAGGAGACAUUUAAUGUCACGCAGACGCCAGAAGAUUAUAUGCAGAGACAGGGGAAAACUCACUCGAAAGAGAAAAGGACAGAGGCCGAUCCAGCCUUCCGGGAGGGUGCCAUUCUCGAGGAUAAACUUUCGAUUUAUGGUGGCUGCACCGAGCAAAAACACCCAUUAUGUGAUUAUGUACCGUACUGACAACACAGUUAUUAACCAGAAGUCCAGACACGCGUGUUCCGCUGAUCUUGUGCCGCUGCCUGACGCUGCUGUGAGGGGUUCGGCUCACCAGUGGGUCCCCCUCUUGUGCUUCACCAGGCAGCAGCUCAAGAUCGGCGGAACACGCGUGUCUGGAAUUUUGGCUAAUAACUGUGUUGUCAGUACGGUAAAGGAUUAAACAGUUUUAUAUGUAGUUAUGAUGAUGGCACUUAGGGCUCCUAAGACUUUGUUGCCCACUUUAUAGGCAGCAUUAAACAUGUGCUGAUUCCAUGUUGUACUAAUUCAAAUACAGUGGGUGGACUAACUCAUGAAAUGUCAACCGAAAUUCCAAACUGCGUUUUCGUUCCGAAAAGACUAAUUAAGUAAGGUUGCACUAUGUAAAAAAUGACUAUUCAAUUGGCAUGCAUUUUCCUCAUUGAUUUUCGAUGCCCUUAAAAAUUCAAUUUAUUUCAUGGAAAACAUGCAUAAUAAUAUUCAUUCGAUAGAAAAUUACGUCUUCUUCCACUUUUACACUUAAAGGAAGGGUAUAAUUCGGUUUUAAAGAAAUUUCUAAUUGUGAGAUUUUUCAAUGACGUGAAAUGGCCGUUCAUAAAACGUCAAGUCUCUGUAUUUGCCAAUGUAGCUUGUAAAGUUAACAAUAUGACUCAAAUUCACUGCUAAAUUUUAUGAACCCUAUAUGGUAUCCUCUUAAUACCGAAGAGAAAUAUAUGGUUUUCCGUACUCGGAAAAUGUAUGACUUGUAGUUUGGAAACCCUGAAUGCAAGUGUUACGGCAGGUCGGGUUCAAAAUUACUCGGGAAUUGGAAACGUUUUUGAAAACCUAAUUAUGCCCUUUCUUCGAGUAUGAGAUUGAAAGAAGACCUAAUUCUCUGCCGAAUGAGAAAAAGAAUGGAUAUUUUUAUGCUAUUUUCUAUGAAAUAUAAUUGGACAUUUAGGGUCAUCGAAAAUCAAUGAGAAAAAUGCAUGCUACUUAAGCAGCCAUUUUUUACAGAGUAUAGUUUUUGUAUGCAGCCGGAAGGAAGUUCGUUCGAAAGCCGGCAUACUGGGGCAACUGAAUUAUUAUAGAGUUAUGCUGCACGGUAAUUUGUUUUACAACCCUACUUAAUUAAUCUUUUCGAAACGAAAACGCACUGUGGAAUCUCGGUCGACAUUUCAUUAGUUAGCCCACCUACUGUAUGUGGAGAUUCUAUGAGGUAUUAAUCUCCUGGUGAAUGGUUAGACCAGUCCUUUACUUUUAUUUUCAGUUUAGGGGAGGGAGGAGAAAGAGAAUCGCUUCCACUGGAUAAGGUUACUUGCAUUCCCUAAUGCAAAAAACGAAAGCUCAUUUAAAAAGUUCAGUAGGUAAGACCCGAAAAUACGUGGAUACCGGCCCUCAAUGAAACAGCGGGCUAGAUCAUGUCUUUACAUGGCAGGCGCACCGUUGCCAAGAAGAGUUAAAAAGUAAUAAUAACUCCUAUUCGGCCCACAUACAGUCCAUUGUCGAGGCACGCCGCAAAACGGGCACAUGCCAUUCCGAUCGCCGGUCGGAGAGUUUAUACGCGUUUUGGACGCUAUGCAAAGACGUCCAACGAUCACGGGCCCCGAAGGCAUACGCUGCACAAACAGGCUGCGAGCUCAAACAAGCAUGGCUACUUUUCCAUCCCAAAAGGUCGCAUGCUGUUUCCAUCUUUCGCCUACCUUUCUUGGAAAGAUGCCUAUAACUAGAAAAGGGGGUCGGAAGCAAAACCAUAACUCCUCACAGAAGACACAAACAAAUCCACUUAACCAUACCAGUUGGUUUCAAGAAGCGGUAGUUAAACGACAAGAACUGGAUAUAUUUGACUGACAAAAAUGAAAAAUCAGCACCACGAAUCCAUACCUACCUCAGGCAAACAGCAAAUAUUACCACAAUCGAGCGUGAUGCAGGAGAAACAGGCAGUUCAAGGCAUGAACGAAAAGGGCGGAGUCGAGCGGUCUACAUGUGAAAAUAUUUUUGUCGUUAAAAAAAAUAUGCAGCCACCUACAGUACUAACAACAAAGAUGUUAGCUGAAAGCCCAGACACGCGUGUUUUGCCAAUUUUGUGCCGCUGCCUGACGCAACUGUGAGGGGUUGGGCUCAUCAGUGGAUCCCCCAGCCUGAAAGGUCUGUCCUCAACUACUUACUCCAAGUUCAUGCAUUAAUGUCCUCGGAAGUGAAAUAAGGCAAAGAAAACUCAUUGUCAGCUCCUAUCCGGAAGACCAGAAAGAACUAGACACGUGAGAGCAUGCUAGUAACAUUUUCCGACACUGGCCGCGGUGUGUUCAGGUGUGAGCACGUCCACUCAAAAGCAGAUAACAAGGAGCCCAACAUAUGGCAGAUAAUAUCGUAUACAUUGCAUCUUGAUAACUAGCCCAUUUCCCUCAUCUCAUUACUCAAUUUUCGAGCCUCUGUAUUUCUCUAUCCACCGUACUCACCAGAUUUUUGUACCAUACCACAUUUUCUGUCUUUUAAAAAGGUCAUUCUCGGAGAGAGAGAGAGAGAGAGAGAGAGAGAGAGCACAUCCCAAGGCAGUGCUUUAAAUACUGAAACAUAUGGAGGCCGAAUGAAACUCAUCCUCCGCAUCUGCCCACUAAGGGUGCUUUUAGACGUGCCUGUACCUUCAGGGGUAGAGCACUUCGACGGAGACCAUAUUACAGUAUAUGACGUGUCUAGUGAAACGCUAACUAAAAUUCCUAAAUAGGCUAUCGACCAGAAGAGAUCGCUCGGGUAGAAUUGCAGUAUUGACUGUCAGGCAGCAUACGGUAUUUCGACCGGCUUUUGAAUGCCCGGCCUUCUGGCCACAUGCAGAAAGCAUGUACGAUAUGGAAAACUAAAUAAGUAGUGUGGAUUUUUGUUGGUGAUUUUUUGUGCCCAUAUACAUAUAUAUGUUCGAGCAUGUUUUAUGGAAAGCAUGCACAAAAAUAUCCUACUCUGCACUCCUUUUGUGACAGCUUACGCCUUCAGAUUUCCCAUUCAAAGAAGGGCUGCUUUCGAUCUAAAAAAGCUUGUAGUUAUGAGAUUUUCUAAGACCGUGAGACGCCUAUUCAGACAGCACCUUAUCAGUAGGUAUAUAUAUGCGCCUCUUGAGGUUUAUAAUGGGAUUUGUGUUAAUUGCAAAAUUUUAUAAGUACCUACACGUCGUGGGGAAAUGUAUGGUAUCCCGUAAAUAGCAAACGUACAGCAUGUAGUUUAAAACCGUUUUAAAAUUACGCCAUAUCGCUUUUUCGAUAAAAAACGAAUAAAACGUGCUUUUCUGCAAAAUGUAUAAAAGGAAGAAUUCAUAUUGACCCAACUGUGAACAAUUCGGCGCCUCGGUGGGAUUCGAACCCACGCCGUAAGGGGAAGGCUUUAGUACAGCCUAGGCUCUAACCACUUGAGCUACGAGGCCCCGCGGACGACGCGAGUUUGAUCACAUUUGGGUCAAGUUACCCGCCCAACCUACCGCAACGUCUGGAAUCCACCAAGUCUGAUACAGUAAUUUAACUGCCCAAACAGGAUUUCCUAAGUAAUACAUCUGGAAUCCACCAGAUGACUCUCAGGCUCACGUAAUUCAUAGAUGUUUUGGCACCUUUAAAAUAAUUCCCGCUCGGGCAGACAACUUACUUUAGCAGAUUUGGUGGAUUCCAGAGGUUGCAGUAUGUUGGGCGCGUAACUUGACCCGAAUGUGAUUAAACUCGUGUCGUCCGGCGGGGCCUCGUAGCUCAAGUGGUUAGAGCUUUGGCUGUACUAAAGUCUUCCCCUUACUGCGUGGGGUCGAAUCCCACUGAAGCGCCGAGUUUUUCACAGUUGGGUCAAUAUGAACUAUUCAAAAUCUGCCAAAACAUCCAUGAAAAGGAAGAAUAUCUCUGGGCCUGUCUUCUAUGAAUAUGCUUGUACUCGCCUCCCAGUCAUCGUGACUUUUCCGCGCGCCGUGCGAACUGCACAUUCAAACAACCGGUAUCUGGGCCUGACAAUUAUUAUCACAACACCCCCUUCCAUAAGUAAUUCCUUCGCAACCGAGAUCAUUUAGUUGUUUCACGUGUUAAAGGGGAAUUUCAUGGCGCCAGUCUGGGUGUUUUCUGUCUAUCAGUAGAGCUCAUGUAUUGGUAUUUGUGGUAAUUCAUUUCAGGUGGUGAAAAGGCGCUCCUCUUGACAGGUGGAGAGAUGAUUGGAAUUGCCGUUGGCUCCUGUAUCGUUCUCGGUUUUCUCAUCAGCGGCUGCAUCCUCCUUCGUCGGCGCAGCAAAGAAACGGUAGUCACUCCCAACGGUUUCGCCCGUGGACAAAUGGUCUAG